AUGUCGUUCCCUGCCACCAGUCAGGCCUUGAGCGCUGCCUUUACCUUGUCAGUCAACGCCGCCAUGCACUUCAUCAUCCAUGCCGAAAAGGAACAACGCCACGAGAACCAUGAGGAUGAGGAUGAGGAUGAGGGGACGAUUCGUGGCAUCGUCUUCAACUCGGCCUCCGCCGCUCUUUAUAUUUGUAUCCAGGGGCAGGGCACCAAAGUAUUCCGGGACGGCCUGAGGCUGGUCCUCAUCACAUUCCUUGCUGGUGCCGCCCUCUGGGCCCAGAUCGACUUUAUCGCGACCCUCAUCGACCCCUCCUCGUCUUUGGGAUGUCAAGUCGCCGUCACUUUCGCCUCCUCCUUCGACCAGAUCGCGCGCCUUGCCCUCGAGCAGUACCUACUAUGGGCCAUCAACAGUGGUCUCAAGCCGUCAUCCGACACCUUCAUCCCCCAGGCGCUCCUUGUCAUUCGCCUGCUUGUCGGUGUCGUCUUUGUCGCUUUUCAGCGGACUCAAAUGCUGCCCGUCUGCCAGCCGUCGAACAACAUGACCGCCAUUGGUAUUGCUGUCGGCGCCACAGACGCUGUCAUUCUCACCCUUUUCGUCCUCCGCGCUUUCACGACCGGACUGGUUCGAGACUACCGCGAGAAGCGUCCCGGCCACCAGCGCGCCAUGGCUGUUCUGAUGCUCCUUGUUGGGCUCGCUUUGUGGACAGGGGCGAGUGUCCCGUUAUUUCUCGGCAUUCCGACAAUUGACAUCAUCUGGCGUACAGCUCUGCCUGCGGUAGCCCUCAGUCUUCUACUCGCUCUCGUUGCCGCUUUUCUAGGGCCCCUGGUUCUCACCAAAGCUCAUGCAUCUGGCUUGCCCCAAAACUCUGCUUCAUUGCCCGACGACUUCCAAGAUCCUACCACACAAUCUCGCGACAUAUCUUCUUCAGAGUCAAACUUCCCCCCCAACCGAUAUGAAGAUCUCAAGACUGGCACGACGACCUCAAUUACGGCCACACGCGCUUUCAACGCCGGUAAUGGAGCUGCCGGAGCCGGCUUUGCGGGUGCUGCCGUCGGCGCCAUGGCUUGGCAAGAAAGAAAAUCGUCUGAAGGAAACACCCGAGCACAGUAUCAGAGACCCAGGGGCGAUGCUCACACCGGUGGCAUAACCGCGGGGAAGCUUGUCAUCUCUCACCCAAUCCUGCAAAAAGUAGGCGAGGACAGUCCUUUCAACAAGAUUGCUACCAUCGAUCUCGCCACGGCCGCCAGAAAUGAGAAGGAGCGACGGAACCUUGCUGCUCUGCAGGAGCCCACGGCCUUGAUCGCGCAGCGUGCAGCCCCUCGCCCCCCAGGCCUCACCGCUGAAGAAGCUAUCAGGAGAUCUCAGAGCAAGAUGAGGCGCAAGGAGAUAGGCCGGACAUCGCAGGACAGCACUGAGCCCAGGUCGUCUGACGAGCCAGAUAGACUACUGCCUAGCGCCACCGUCACAUCCAGCCAAACUUCGCCAGGUAUCGAUUCGCUCCGUCGAAGGUCUCCGCGACAGUCGCCCAACGAACUUUCUGUGGCUGCAGAGGAAGAUCAGUCGUCGCGUGGCGCGUCACUCCAGGCUGCCCAAGUGCAACAAAGAAUCCUGGAGGAGAAACAGCUGCCCCCUCGGAGAUCUCUGGAAAGUUCGUCAAGCCAACAGACAGCUGUCCCGAGCGACUCGCCUUCUCAAACAUCAUUUGCAUCGCCAUCAUCUGGCAAACAAACGGGCUCUCCACCUCGACCGGAGCUGCCCUCCACAUGGCCGAAGCAGACCUCGGUACGAGAUACCAUCAGGCCGUCGAGAAUGCAGGCUAUGGCGGCUCGAAAUCUUCCGGGAUCCUCACCACAGCAAGUUCAGAACGACACAAGCUCCUCUCCAGAAACGUCCCAGCCUCUUCCUCCACUUCAGAGACGUGGAACCGUCGGUCUUCCCUCAAACCCUCGAGCCCAAGGCGUGAAAACUGCCGUUCAGGACGGCGAAUCCCAACCAACCGUUCUGUUCAUGAACCAGAUUCAAUACAAUAAUCCCGCUGCGGUACAAAGCAUCAUCGACGGAGCUGCUGGUAAGCUGCUCGUCACCGCCAACGUCAGGCCCGACGACCCCUCACUUGACCUGGUCAAGGGAAGAGAUUCAGUCGUUCACAGGCCGCGGCCUAUACCCAGACAACAGGAGAGCGACCGUCAGCUUUUCCCGUCAGAACCAUCGCCGAGGGGACAUGUAAGAAACAGGUCUGGGGGCUCCAUUGCCAGUCGAAAGUCCAUCCUACGGUCGACACCCGGUAGCCCGACCCAGUUGCCCGCCCUACCGCCCUUACCCAAGAGUGCAGGACAGCCUUUGCGACCACUGCCAAAUGACACAAGAAGCAUGACCUUUGACGAGAAGAUGGAACUUUUCUUCCCUGGAGCGCCCAAAAGUGCUAACGCUACUGUCAAUGGUUUGAGGGGUUCGAUACCUGAAUUGCCCCCCCUACCUGCCGCCUACGCUACAGAGAAGGUCAAAUCCACCGACGAAGGAUCAGGCGCGGAACUUGCACAGCGGACUCUCUCCAAAAGGUCCAUCGCUUCCUCGCAGCGGACAUCGCUUCGAACUCAGAGCAUUUUCGAGAUUGAGGAUGGACCUGUGCACAUGCCUGACAUCCGCUACACCUCGAAGUUCAGCGUCGAUACUUACACAACCACAGAAAGAGUAGCGGCAGAUGACGUCCAUGACUCCUGGAUUCCUAUCAUGCCGGAGAGGUCGCUGUCCGAGGUGUCGCAUGAUGGAGCAAGACGUCGGUCAUCCCCCGUGAUUCCGGUCACUGGCACCAGAAUGUCAGUGAUCAGUGAUGCCCGAACCCGCGACGAGGAGAUGACGACAAACUGGGGUUCCAUCCACUCGCCCGUUGCGGCUGUCAACAUCAAGCAGGCUAGACAAGUUCCCGUAUCGACCUAUAUCCAGAACCCUGACUCUGGGCAUGAACCGCGAAACGUCUCCAUGCUUGACCAGAACGACGGUAAAGAGGUCAUGACGAUUAUGCUCGAUUCAUCGAUGGAGCAUGACAUGAGCAUGGCUACAGUCUCGUGGUUCGAUGACCAACAGCACCCGGAUAGCUCGAAUGACUCAAACCACCAGUGGCAUCAUCGUUUGGGCGAGCAAUGUACCACUUUUUCCACCAGAAAGGAGAGGGUGGUGUCGCGGAGAAUGCCUCCACCAACACCACUGCUUCUGAACUCUACCAGCAAGAAUUCGGUCAUAGUAGCUGCUGAACCAUCUCCACUAGAUUCUCCGCAAGAGGCCUACAAAGUCAUUCAGCAACAGCUGAAACAACUUGAGGAGAUGGAUAGGGACCCGAUGCAAGACGAAAGUGAGAGGCUCCGUCUACUCGAAAGACUGGAACAGGAGAUGGGUCAGCAGGAGUCUCAGUGGCACGAUAUGCAGAAUGGGUUUAGCAGGGAUUCCGUUUCGACCGCUGAAACUAGGUUAAGUCGACAAUCCGAGGUUGAGAAGGUCAGCGGGGGAACCCAGUCUAGACACUCACAGUCAUCCUCGAUUGCGGCAGAUCGACGUGCCUCUAGACGUGCUCGCCUCCAGAGCUCAGUAAGACCUUCCAGAGACAGUGUUAGCGACACAACCUCUUCAACUGCUGGAGAGAGUCGUCCGCAAAGCCGAUGGCAGCAGAAACUUGCGGAUGCCGAGUUCGAGUAUGCAGAUAAUGCUGCCGAUCUCACCACAACGAAGCCGUUUCUCAACUUCCUGUCGGUGUCUAUGCCGAAGGGUCAUCUCGGUAGCCCUACCCCACCGGACACUGAUGAGUCUGAAGAUGAAGGGCGUGACUUCCACAGCCGUGCCAAAGCGGUACUGUCAAGAAAAAACGCACCUUGUGCGAAGCUGUGGAAGCCUGCACCGCCUGAAGCCCCUGCGUCUAUCAACAACCACUUGUGGGUUGCGCACGAACGGGUCAGGGCACCUGUCGCCCCGGAGGACCUUCCUGGGCUUUCUGUCCGUCCUGCUGUCCGCAAGACCACGGGCACCCUAGAGAUCGAGAGCACUCGCUUGUGGAACCGUCGCAACUCUUUCGCCGCGAAGCCACACUCGGUAACGGUCGGCCUCUGGCGAGGAUCCCCUCUCCCCGUUCCCGCCGCCCAACAAGUCAAAUCCCGGCCGGUCACGCAGCGUCCGCCCAGAAAGAACAAACAUGUCACCCUUCUGCCGGACAUUAUAGAAAGUCCCAAAGAGAUACCCAACAGGCGUGGCACUCUCGGUAUUUUCCAGUUCCCUUGGGGUGAGCAAUCCGAUACCGCUACCAUCCAAAUGCGGCCCACCAUGUUCAUGGCCAUGCCAGGGACCAUGUCAAGCGGAGGACCUGCCAUUCAAGCUGUUCUAGAGGCACGUGCGAAGCAACUGGAGGCUGAGGAGUACUCUGCUUCUUUCUUCGACGAUUAUGACGAGGAGGAUGACAUGGUUUCCUCCAGUGACGAUGAUUACGACUAUCAAGAGGACGACGAGGACGUGGAAGAGGCGGUGCCCGAGUAUGAUGAGGAUGGCAGUGAUUACAACCAAGAGGGGAGCGACGACGACAACGACGACGAUGUGGACUUUGACGAAAGCACCCUCUGGGAGAUUGCCAGCCUCCUCAAAUCGGAUCAGGUCCCAUCGAAGAACAGCCUCCUGCCACAGCCACACCCAGAGCCUCAACCCACAAUUGAGGAAUUCUUCUUCGAGCCGCUCGGGUUCGAAGAAGAUAUUGACAAGCGUCCCUUCGAUAACCAGUUUGACCCCAACGUUGGCUACGACUCAAUCUCGAUCGCACUUGAUAGCGAAGAGUCGCCUUCUCUACCUCGGGCCAUAGGUCUCUGGACCGAGACGUUAGAAGAAACUACUGUCUCCCAAGGACUGGGGCUGCCGGAGGUGGACGAUACAACAUGGGAUCGUUACCUGCCAACGGCGGAACCUCUUCUGCGCAACAAGCCCAAGAAGGUCGAAGCCGCAGUGAUCCAAAGCACGGAUCUAUGGUCCUCACCAAGCUCUCCUGUCAAGGCCCCAGCAUUAAUGUUGUGGGCUGCUCCAAAGCUCGCUUCUGCACCUAGUGGAAAAUCAGCCAAUUCCCCGACAGAGCCAUUGUGGACUGCAAAGGGUACGGUGAUGACCGAAGAAUCACAUGGUCUGUAUAGCCCAAGCCAUGUCCGCUCAGAGUACCGUACAACAACGGCAGAGCCUGCCGCACAGGGGCUUUUUCGGAAGCCACGCUCUGCUGAGGAGCGUCCGGUCGAGCUCCUGACUUCUUCGAGUCUUUGGACGGCGCCUCUUGAGACGGAACCUGAACAGAUAUGGCUUCUCGCCGCUUCUAUGCCACAAGCCGUCGACAAAGCUAAGCUUGAGGACGUAAGUGCCGGCCAGUCUUCCAUCAUUGAGGCUGUCGAAAACGUGUACCCCAGAGCGACGACCAGCCGUUCGCUGUGGGUGGCGCCUUCGCAGCCUGCUGAGAAGGCCGUUGGGGGCCUCUUUGACGCGAGCGCUUUCCGUCAAGACUUCCGAACAACGUCUGCAUCACCCGCAGCUCUGGAACUAGUCCGCAAGCCACGCCAGGUCGUCGAAGCCGUGCCGGAGAUUCCACCUUCUACCCUCCUCUGGAGCCAAGACCGUCUAGCUAAAGCCAAACAUGCUGAUACCUUCUGGAUUACUUCUGCCUCUAACGUCCAGAAAGGCAUCAGUCCUGCUGCUGCUGCCUUCCUCUGGGUCGCUCCAACUGCGAAUGCUAGCCACAACCCCAUUGGACUCUAUCAGUCUGGCCAGCUCCGAACCGGCUUUCGCACAACCUCAGCUGCGCCCGCUGCUCGGGAAACACCUCGCAAAGCCCGUGUCAACGAAGAGCCUCUUGCGAAAUUGAACUCCUCGACGCUUUGGAAGCAGGAAAGCGACGCGUCUGACGAACACAACUGGUUGUCCUUUGCUGGCAAUGAGCCUCGGGGCCAGGACUCUCCAUCAUACCGCAAGAGCAUUGCCUCUGAAUCCGCGUCACCCACGGACUCGACUGGGCUAUCCUCAUCCAUGGACUCCAGCGUCAUCAGCAGUAUCAGUCUGCCGAAAGACCGCUUCCCCGAUCACCAAGAGCCUGAGCAACCGACCGCGCCUGAAUCGAGUGCAUAUACGCAGGGUAUGCUUGAGGUCUCCCCGGAUAUCAAGAUAAUGACGCUCGCUGGAGUCUCCGACCAAGUUGAGCCUUCAAAGACUCGCUUACGCCGAAGUACCAAGACCACGAGCGCCGACUGGGACACUGAGCUCCUCUUCGCUGUCGUUGCUGGACAGACACGCCAACACCAGCGACCUCAGGCAGCCACAACACCAGCACAUGGAGACGAUUCCCAUGGUCAGACCAUCAACGCAAGCCGCCCUCGCUGCCCGGAGGCCACCGCUGCAGAAUGGGACCUGGCUCUCGCGGAGGCCUUGUCAUCUGGUACACAAACAGCUGGGAUGACUCAGAGUGGAGGGGUAGAGGGAUCGGUUCAGUCAGAACCGCUUCUACCAACAAUAUCCCUCUGGCUCCAGCCUUCGAAGAAGGCUGAUAUACAAGGUUUCUUGUGGACCCAAGCCAUGCCCAUGAACCAGAAGCUCGGCAUGCCACCUUCCAUCGAGAACAGACUGGGCGACAUCGAGACUCAGCGUUUGCGUCGGAAACGCGUCCGCGCCUUCAUCCCUAAAAGCCGCAGAGCCGAGAUCCGUUACCAGAUUGCCGCCAUCGAAGCCGGCGCUGAUCCAGCAACUGUCGGCCUCGUGAAUUUCUCUGGCCACAGCCUCUGGACUGCUGAGGAUGCGUCUCGGCCCGAAAGUGUCCACCUCCGCGGCCAAGGUCGGGAUUGGCUCCGCCUCUGA